CGUAUUUUCUAGGAGGUUAACAUUGACCUUUUCGGUGCUCCGUAGUCCAUCCCCCCACCUGUUUAGUGGCUAAAGAUGGCUGAAGCUCCUCUAUGGCCCAACCGGUUCUUCUGUCACAGAUGCUCGGCAGAGAUUAGUCCUCGACUUCCCGAAUACACAUGUCCGAGAUGUGAUUCAGGGUUUAUUGAGGAACUGCUAGAGGAAAGAAGUGCUGACAAUGGCUCCAUGUCUACCAUCUCCAGUGGGCCCCAGAACCAGCAACCAUUUGAGAUGGCGGAGCAGCACUUUUUUACAUUCCCUUCCGGGUAUGGUCAGUUUGCCCUGGGUGUCUUUGACGACCGCUUUGAUUUUGGGGCUGGACUGGGAACAGAAGACAACCAGGACGCUGAAAACAGGCGAGAAAGGGAAAAUGGGUCACGGCAACGAUAUGGUGCCAGGCAACCAAGAAGUCAUUCAAGACGACAAGCGGGGAGGCAUGAGGGAGUUCCCACUUUAGAGGGAAUCAUUCAGCAACUAGUGAAUGGAAUAAUUGCACCUACUGCAAUGCCGAAUAUUGGCGUUGGACCCUGGGGUGUUCUUCAUUCAAAUCCUAUGGAUUAUGCCUGGGGGGCUAACGGACUAGAUGCAAUUAUAACUCAGUUAUUAAACCAGUUUGAGAACACGGGACCUCCGCCUGCUGAUAGGGAUAAAAUAAAAAAUCUUCCUACAGUACAAAUUGCAGAUGAGCAUGUUGCUUCAGGACUGGAAUGCCCAGUGUGUAAAGAAGAUUACAGUGUUGGGGAAAAUGUGAGGCAGCUCCCAUGCAAUCACAUGUUCCACAAUGAUUGCAUAGUCCCCUGGCUGGAACAGCAUGACACUUGUCCAGUGUGCAGGAAAAGCUUGAGUGGACAGAACACAGCCACGAACCCUCCAGAACUAUCAGGGAUGAACUUUACCUCCUCCUCCUCCUCCUCUUCCUCCUCCUCAUCCUCUUCCUCCUCUUCUACCCCUCAGUCUUCAAGUUCGACCAGCAAUGAGAACUCAACUGAUAACUCCUAGAGAACCUUAUCACCCUUUGGGCUGUUUAUAGCUCCGAGGCAGCUGUACUUCAGAGCUGUGACCUCUAGUCUCUCACUGCUGUAGAGUAGAGACCUGAGUGCAUCUCGCCAUGAGCACUCAAGCCUGAUUCAGGGGUAAGCGAUGCGUGAGGUCCAUGUAUUUCUGCCCGUCCUGUUACUCCCGCCUUCAUCAGGAAUCUGAACAAUGGAAGGGGUGGAGGCUUGGAGUGCAGCUUCUGUCAGGGAGGAUGUGGAGAAGCACGGAAACUUCACAAGGCUUGAUUUGCCUGAAUAACCUCAUACAUGAAGAGAACACAAUGGAAUCCAAAGGUAGAAGACUUGAGACAUCAAGAGAAUUGUUGUUCUUUUUUUAAUCUCCAGACUAUGAUAUAAAAUGAUUUUUGCCUUUGAAGCAAAAAGAAGCAUAAUUAUUUCUUUUAAUGAGUAGCAUCAUGUCUCACUGAUAGAAUGACCCAAAGUGCACUCUAGUGCGCUGUGUAAGUGUGCACUUAAGUUUAUUCAUGGUUUGGAAGGAUAUUACUAUUGAUUCCUUUAGUUCUCAAAGCAAAAUUAAGGUAGUAUAAAAUAAAAAUAUUUUAUUGUCAAGAUCCGCUUACAGUUUUAGGAUUACCUGACAACCCCAUGUACCUUUGUUUGCACUUGAAUGAUGCAUCAAAUUGCAGAAAGUUUGUGCUGUUUGGAUAAUUUUGUGGAUAAGUACUAAAUUAAACACACAAGGAUUUUUUUCCUGCAAGCCAACAACAUACGACAGCUUUUUCCACUAAACACUUUUUUUCCCACAUUAACCAUUUCAGUGCAUUUGUGCAUUUUAACUUAAAGAUAAAUAUUUUCUAAAGUUGCCAGUUUAAAAACUAUUGGUUUGCAGUAUGAUUGUGUCGAAGAAAUAUGAACUUAUACCUAAAUAAAGAUGAUUGAGUGCUACCACUCAAAAAUCAUGUAAAACAUUCUUAGUGUGUGUAUGUGUUCCUCUUUGAAGGUCUAAUCAUGAGCAGUAGUAUAAUAUGGAUGUAAUUAAAAAUGGUAAAAUUGAGCAUGUUUUAAGGACUUACAGCAGCUACAAACAAAUGUGCUUUAAUUGUGUAUAAACAGCCACUGGGACAGAAUUUGUUUUCUUUUUCUGCACUUAGUAUGUGGUGCUGUGGUUAGACACUAGAUGGGAGGGCAACACACAUUCCUUUCAUUGUUCGUGUGGAUAAGCUUCCAUUAAACAACAACAACAAGAGUAAUAAUAAUGAUCACAUUUUUGGCCCUAAAACCAAAUAAAUAAAAUAGAAGGUAAACAUUUUUUGGUAAAAGGGCAGGUUCUGAGCUGUACUGCUCACUGUUUCCCAGUUGGAAUUAUUGUCCCUUCAGUGACGUCUUGCAGGCUUAACUGGGGAAAUCAUUUUCAGUGCUGCUGGAAGUGAUUUCAGUGCAUAAUACAGUUUGGAGAUUGUUUUGCACCUUCAAAGUAAGGCCUGACAUGCACAUAAUGAACAUGUUCAUAUUAAAUCUGUCAACAGGGUACUUGCCUGUUAAAUGUUAUCAAUAAGUUAAUAAAUUCUGCUUCCUUUUA